AUGGACUUGAUCUGUUUCCAUGGGAGGCCCUCGACUGGGAAUUGUCGAACCCGCGAAGGUGUUUGCAGCCGAAGUGAGCAGAACAGUGAUGAGGGAACAGAACAUCCGCACGAGGAUGCUAUCGAGAUGACUUUGGAUGCCGUCGGCAGUCCAGAUUCUUUAUACUUCCGCGGUAGUGACAUCCUGAGCACAGAGCUGGGCGCCGACGAAGUCAUUGUCCGCGUUGCAGCAGUUGGUAUCAACUUCAGAGAUUUACUGCUGGUCCUCGGAUCCGUGCCGAGGCAUGCUCUUGGUUUUGAGGGUGCAGGCGUGGUGACUUGGGUUGGAACCCACGUUGGACGACCUGCACUGGGGAGGAAUUGGAUGGAAGAAAUUGCUCAUACUGUAUUUGAUGAAGCUUCCCGGGUCAAUUUCAACGAUGAACGCGUUACGAAAGGAAACGGCACCUCCCCUUGA